AUGGCGGAAGCGAAGCGCGAAGAACAAGAAUACUAUGAACAAUAUCGUGCCACCUAUGAAGCCUAUGUCGCCGCCGCUAACCCCGCCGCCCCUCCUCCUCGACCAACUAGAUCAAAUCGCCGCUACAUCCCUCGUGACGGGGAGGGAGCCCACGAAAGGCUCGUUGUCGACUAUUUUUCCGACACACCGCGGUUUUCGGACACAUUAUCCGUCCGUGUUGAAUACUUUCAAUCACGUAGAGACGCAAUCGGUCGGCAAAGUCUCUUGGCGUUGCAGGAGUGUACUUGUGCCCUCCGACAACUUGCUACUGGGCUAAUGGCUGACCUCUUCGACGAGUAUUUGCAUGUGGGUGAGUCAACUAGAAUCCUAUGCCUCAAAAACUUUUGCGACGACGUUCGUUCUGCUUUCGGUGAGGAAUUUCUUCGGGCACCCACCACCAAAGAUUGUCAACGGUUACUUCAUCUUCACGAAACAGUCCACGGUUUUCCUGGUAUGCUUGGCAGCAUUGACUGCAUGCAUAGGAAGUGGAAGAAUUGCCCGAAGCUUGGUGGGGGCAACACUUAA